AAAAAGAAAGACUGUCUUCAGAAACGGGUCCAAGUCUUGGAGAAAUCUUCAACACAAACACACACACUGAAGAACAUCAGGGAUCCAGAUAAAUGGCUGACAAACAGAUCAGUUUGCCUGCCAAGUUAAUAAACGGAGGCGUCGCCGGACUGAUCGGCGUUACCUGCGUGUUUCCCAUCGAUCUGGCCAAGACUCGUCUUCAGAACCAGCAGAAUGGAUUUCGACUCUACACCAGCAUGUCAGACUGCCUUAUUAAGACCAUUCGGUCGGAGGGAUAUUUUGGAAUGUACAGAGGCGCUGCUGUAAAUUUAACUCUCGUCACUCCUGAAAAAGCCAUCAAGCUUGCGGCGAAUGAUUUCUUCAGAUAUCACCUCUCUAAGGACGGACAGAAACUCACUCUGUUACGAGAGAUGCUGGCCGGCUGCGGCGCGGGCACAUGUCAGGUCAUUGUUACGACACCAAUGGAGAUGCUGAAGAUUCAGCUGCAGGAUGCUGGAAGGAUUGCGGCCCAGAGGAAGCUCUUGCCUCAGGCAGUGACCCCCGGGGGUCCGGUCGAGGUGAAGUCCCGCACUGCUAUGCAACUCACUCGAGAAUUACUGAAGGAAAAAGGCAUCGCGGGUCUCUACAAGGGCCUGGGAGCCACGCUGCUCAGGGACGUCCCGUUUUCCGUCAUUUAUUUUCCUUUGUUUGCUAAUCUGAAUGAUUUGGGAAAGAGAGAAGCUGACGGCCCCGCCCCUUUCUACGUGUCGUUCGUAUCCGGCUGUGUUGCGGGAAGCACGGCCGCCGUCGCCGUCAACCCUGUAGACGUGAUAAAGACCAGGUUACAGUCGCUCACGCGAGGUAGUCAAGAGGACACUUACAGUGGGGUGACGGACUGUAUCAGGAAGAUAUUACGCAAUGAAGGUCCCAGCGCUUUCCUGAAGGGGGCGUACUGCCGAGCUCUCGUCAUCGCCCCUCUGUUCGGCAUCGCACAGGUGGUGUACUUCCUAGGUGUGGGAGAGUACAUCCUGAGCUAUCUGCCCAAACGAACCAACUAACCGAUCAUCUCACCGCCUUCUCCCGACCCAACACGCAUUGCGCCAGUCAGAUCUUUCCCCCGCCCCUUCCCUCCAUCCCUCCCUCGCGAGGUUCUCCGUGACCGAAGGAUCAAAACGUAACGUGGACCACUUCACCUGAUUUUAGGCGUUUGUUGUUGUGGCGUUUUGACGUGUGUUUUUAUCUGAAUGUGGUGGUUUUCAUACUGAGAGUUAAGUGAGACUGUGUUUGCCAAGCUGCCUGGUUCGUCCUCCUCAAAUGACUUUGAUUCGUUGAUAUAUAUACAAUCAAUUUAGGAUCAUUUCAUGGUGGAAAUUGGCGAGCCACCGUAAGAUCGCUGGCGGUGUGUUCUCUCACAACGUUUAAUGCGUAAAGUUGAGAAGUCAUGACACUUGGAACAUUAUGCCCUUGCAAACACAUCAACUUGCUGUUUUGAAUUUCUUAAAACUGGAGGGCAUGUAAUGUUCUCUGUGAGCUUUAUUAUUUUGCCCCUGUGUUUUCUUGUUCUGUUUGUUGGCCAAGUCUGAACGCAUCUCUUUGGGCUAGGAACAACCUUGAGCUAACGUAGGAAAGUUCGUGUGUGUGUUUGUGUUUCUCAAGGUGUCAGAUGUUGAACACACACAAACACCCAAUGGACACAUUUCCUGUGAUAGAGACUAAAGGACAUCAUUCUGUUCAGCAGUUGAUGCUGAAUCUAAAGGUUAACUUAAUGAAUUUUAUUAAAACAUCGCGCAGCUCAAUGAGUAGUCUCUCAUGUUGACCGAAUCAAAGUGUGAAACCUUCCAAACAGUCGCGCUCUUAGAAAUGUCCUUACACUUUUUGAAAGAUGGUCUUUAGAUGAAGUGUUUUGUUUGGCUUGGCCACACUGCAAAAACAUAUCGUUACAGGCAGCAAUUGCAUCAUUGAACUCAAUUCAUUUAUUGUUUGUAGUCAACAGCACAAAAACAAAAGAAAUACGAUUUAUGAAGUUUACUACAGUAAAUCACAUUUGCAGGUGAUUUGAAGUCUAUUUACAAUCUAAUUUUUAGAAAUGUGUCGGACUAUUCUGCACUUGACCUGUUUUACACAUUUUGCCAGGAAUAAUGGGCAAAUAUGUUUUUAAUAUCCACAAGCAAAUCUAAUUCGUUUUAAACUGCCUCUUUAUUUCAAAUCAUUCCUUCGUCCCUCCAACAAACCCAACUGAACCUGGUAUAUAGUUUUAUCAUAAAAAAAUAUGUAGCACAUUGGUUAAAAAUAAAAAAUAAGUUAUUGAGCACAUAAAAAGAGUCAUUUGAGAUAAAUAACCUGCAAUUUUAUGUUUCAAACAGAGGUGGCGAUAGAGAGGCAAAGGUGACAAAUAUCAGCUUGAACAGAAACUCGCCGCAGGAUUUGUAAAAGCCAAAGUGAAGUGAUGAUGAUUGUAAGACCUGCCCUUUGGCUGCGUUUCUAAGCUCCCAUGAUGCAUUGCAAACCAGCGGUGCAUCACCGGAACCCCGGAGGGAGAAUUGUAAUUGUCAUUCCAAGCUGAAAAGCACACACUUAUGAAGUGAUGGUCCAGACUUUCAACUGAAGUCAUAUUUAUUGAUCAUCUUGAUUAUAUAGACGUGUAGUAUAUCUCACUAUAUAUUUGUAUGGACAGUUUUAUUGGUGUUUAAUCGUGUGUGUGAUUAUUGUUGAUUACAGAGGAUAGUAUUACGAUUGUUUUGUUUAUGUUUUCGUUUUGUAUGUGAUGGCUUAUUUGCACACCCCACGUCGUUUGCCUGUCCAUUCCUUUUACGGUUAUCGGCAUCUGGAAUCACGAGUUAUUGCGGUUUACAUUUUUACGUUUGAACCAGUGUUGGUUUUGGAAAGCGUGCGUCCCUUCUCUUUCUCAAAUGCACUAGCAGACGAAUCGAACAAAGCGCUUGUAAUGCACAUUUACGCCGUUCGUCUUUAUUUGUGGUGUUUGGAUCAAUCUUCAAACAGGCCUAUUGUGAGAACUCCAAAACAACAGCCUGUGUCUCCUCUUACAAUGUGUGCUGUCACAACACCCGACAGCGGUUACAGUGAGAUAAGGUUGCCAACGUGUGUAGUGAAGAGUGCUGUUUGCUCAGGCUCACUGUUUUAUACUGCCAAAUGCUUUCUGACCAAAUCCCAACUUCUAAUACCUCACCCUUUUGUUUAUUUUUCCCUUUUUUUAUUUCUAACCUUUUCUGCCUUUAUUGAAGUACCUCUGUGUAAAGGCCCGUUCACACCAAGUGCACCCACACCAGUUAUGUUUAUUCUAAGCUCGCACGGUGCAGUUUCACAUCUUGCACCGGUCAUAUAUAUUUGAAUGGGUUUUGAUUGGCUGUCCAUUUUAAUUGUUCAUCAGCUGGACAAAAACCGCUCCGACAGUGAUCCCAACAAUAUUAUUCCUCUGUAUUGCUAUUGUUGUAGUUGUGGCGUGCACUUCAAACUUCUUUAUAGUUAUAGUUAUCAUCCUUGGUGUGAACGGUUCUUACAUCAGUAUCUAUGUCAUAUUGGCCACAUAUACAGUGCAAAGUUUAAAGGGAUGAUGUUUGUUUGCAUGGCUGAAUCAAUCCUUAUGUCUUGUGUCACACACGCUGAAAAAGCCUUACUUCUGUCUUGUUUUCCAGUACAAAUACAUUCUUAAAACAUAAUACAUUGAUUUGAGAAGUAAAAUCGCUCUAAAGUCUCGAGAGGUUAGGUCUUGUUUUAUACAUUAAACUCAAUUUUGAUAUGAUGAUGAUUUUGAUAGGUUCAUCUGAAGUCCUGUUGCUUCUCAAUUGGAUGUAUCUUUAUUUAAUAGUGUUUAGAUAUUUGUACUGGACUGGAAGAAUACCGAGUAAAAUAACCAUUUCUUACCAUUUGAAUUUUAAGCAGUGAAUUUGCCUGUUGCAUGCAGUUGUCACUUCUACAAUAAACCAAUUUGAAACCAGAUUAAGCAGUCAGAAGUGGAGUGACACCUGUACUCAUACGCAGUGAGUAUGUGGCCGCCGGGCGGGUUCUCAUGAGUCAGUGCCGAUCUGAGCUAUCUUAUAGGAGAAAGCCAUUAUAAUGUGCUUUAAGUGCAUUCUCAUGCUCAAUGUUGACGUAGAUCGGCUCGUAUCGUACUACAAUUGAAUGUAGAUUGUUACUAAUGAAUAUGAGAAUAACUAUAAUGAUCAUUAGAUGGAGCUUCAGAAGAUCACAUGGUGCUGUUUUACAAGUAAACAUCUCUAGUAUUGGUGAAGAUUCACCAUUUCAAAACAGAUGCUCUUAUUUAUUUGAUAAAGGUCGGAAGGUGGACUUUACAGGGUCGUAACACAUGCAGAUGUUUAAUGUGAGAGGUUACCUCAUCAAUGUUUAUAUGACAUUUAAAGGAAAUGCGAUGUCAGAUUGAAGCUUUAUGCCACAUUUGAAGUAUCCAGUGAAAUCCGAACUUUGUAAGUCCGACCCUGACGAUCUUUUUUUGCCUUGUCUUUUUUUAUCAGCUGUAUUUGUUGUUAUUCUGAUUUUUGUCCUGAACAUUCCAAAUGCUAAAAUGUCUAAAUAUUUUCAUUACUGUGAUGAUUAUUGUCUGUGAUUUUUGUGAUGAUUUAGUUUUUUUUAUUGUGAUUUCCAUCAUGUUUUAUCGGCUGUGAACUGAUGUUUCGUGACGGGUCAUGUACUGUAUGUGUUUGCACGGGGGGUCAGUCAAGUGCACGGGUGUGUGUGUGUGUGUGUGUGUGUGUGUGUUAUGGUGUUGUGCGCUUUGUUUUUUGUCAUUUAUGUAACGCACGAGUGUUCAACAUUCCCUCCCUUUCUUUUUCCACCAUCUGUCCUUUCUUUUUAUACUUGAAGGAAUUAGACAGCAGGUGGCAAAAAAACACCGAAUAUAGAAUCGAUUUUACAAUAAAACGACACAAGCACAAAAGAUAUCUGGCACAGCUGCAAUAUUCACAAACAACCCUUUGAUAUCUACAAUAUUCUGUAUGCUAAAGAAGAGAAAUUGUAAGCGACGUAUCACCGGUUUGUUUUGACAAACCACAGAAUGUAUAUUUAAAUCAUAUAACCAAUAUUGAUAAUAGGAUUCCAACUUAUUUAGUAGUAAAUUAGAUGCUAGAUAUUUGUGAUUUUACUCUUAUAUAAUAAAGAGCAUAUCUACAGUAUAUAUAAAGACCAGCGCAUAUUUAUGCAAUAAUUAAGAAAUAGUCCAUAGAAAGAUAAAUGGGUGGAGCUAAACACUUUUAAAACAUGUACAUGUCAUAUUAUAUCCAAGUGAAAAGAAAAAAUGGUAUUUUAGGACCAUUUUUGUUUUCUUUUGCAUUGGGACACUUAACAAUCAAGAUUUAUAGGGCAAAUGUGCUUUUAAGUUAUUUGCAAUAAAAUACGCAAUGGACAUUAAAAUAGACAUAUUAUGCAAAUUAUAAAGGAAAAGUGCAAUAACACACUUUAACUAGACAAUACACAAGUACGCAAAGUGCACAACACAGCCCUCCUGGAAGACGACCUGAAUCUGUAUGUCAAGGCAGAGCGUGUGUGUGUGUGUGUGUUGUCAUGCAAACAUCACAUGUGUGAGACUGAAAUACAGCAAUCGUUUUGAUCGUUGCUGUAAAAACUGAUGACACACUGAUCAUGUUGCAUUCCUUGUCACGGAUUGUUGUUCAAUAAAACGACUUUGUUCAUAAAGUU